AUCUUCAAGAAGCUACAAAUCAACAUACCAUUUACUGAAGCCAUAGAACAAAUGCCACUUUAUGCCAAGUUUUUGAAGGAGCUAAUGACUAAGAAGAGAAGCUGGAAGAACAAUGAGACUGUAAUACUAACUGAAGAGUGCAGUGCUAUCAUUCAGCAUAAACUACCUCAGAAACUGAAGGAUCCUGGGAGUUUUCAGAUCCCUUGCAUUAUAGGAGAAAUCACAGUAGAAAAGGCUCUUUGUGACUUAGGGGCUAGCAUCAACUUGAUGUCAAUAGCUAUGAUGAGAAAGAUGAAAAUUGAGGAGGCUAAACCAACAAAAAUAGCUCUACAACUGGUAGACCGGUUGUUCAAAUUCCCUCAUGGGAUAGUAGAGGAUUUGCUAGUAAAAGUAGGAGAUUUCAUAUUCCCAGCAGAUUUUGUGGUGCUGGACAUGCAGGAAGACGCCACGACCUCCAUCAUCUUGGGAAGGCCAUUCUUGGCCACUGCUGGAGCUGUC